CCGUUGGCUUCAAAGCCUAUCAAUGGCCAAUACAUAGCAUUAGCAAUCCAAGGUUUAUAUACAUCGUUGGUUGGCACUAGCUCAAGACUGAGGGAUACCAGUAAUGUAACUAACUUUACAUGACAUAAUCCUUACGAACGCGCGGAACCGUUUUUCAAGCUAAGUUGUUUCGCAGUAUUAGGUAUAAAUUACUGCAGAGUGAGUAUAACCGACUACAGCUAAAGUAGUCAAAAGCAUGCACCUGCUAUGCACGCAUAUUGUUGUUGAACGUGCGCCAGUCGUUAUAGCACUCGAAGAGUGUUGUGCAGUCAAUAGUGGCUAAAUGCAAAGCCUACUGUAUAUAGGUUGUUCCAUGCAAAUAAUGUUGCUAUGGAGAUAUUGCAGGAUUUAGUGAAAAUGAAUUGCUUAAUCCAUUUAAUUGGCCUUUAGAAAUCAUUGUACCUAAAUCAAAUGUGUAAUUUACAGAUGUCUUUAUCAUCAUGAUAUAAGGCCUGGCCUAUUGCCCUGUAUUGUGUGGUAGUUUUGCUGUCGCCGAGGCUCAGAUGUGAGGGGAUCGCCAACCGUCUGCCACUCGUUUCCAUUGGAACAGACAAAGGCUCCGAGGGCUGGCGGAGGAUGCCGAGCUCAGGCCGGAAGAUGUGUUUCUAAUGUUUGGAUGUCUAUUUCUAAUGUUUGGCAGAUUAAAUAGCAUAUCGCCAUGCAGCAUAGGACUGUUGUGACAGACUGAUGAAGCCGAUAGUGGUUUGCGGGAGGACGCAGGCGCCACGCGGCGAUUGAUAAGAGUAUGUGGGGUUCUGGUUUCGCCUCGUCCCGACCUUGUGUGGUUGAACUCGGGCGGAAUCACAGUGUGCCCUUGGGGAUAUGUGGUUCCGACGACCCUCACUCUCUUUAUGGCUAUAUCGUCGCAAUCCCUUUACGGGACUACGGUGGGAUCAUGUCGGGAUUGGGUUCGGAUUCCUGGUGGAAGAAGACCAUCUAUAUCACCGGCGGUGCCCUCCUCGCGGCUGCUGCCUAUCUAUUACAUGAGCUGCUCGCCAUCAGGAAGGAACAAGAGUUGGACUCUAAAGAUGCCAUCAUCCUCCAUCAGUUCUCAAGGCCAAACACGGGAGUCCCCAGCCUCUCACCAUUCUGCCUCAAGAUGGAGACCUACCUACGCAUGGUUGACCUGCCCUACCAGAACUACUUUGAUGGGAAGCUCUCUCCACAGGACAAGAUGCCAUGGAUUGAGUAUAACCGGCAGCAGGUGUCGGGGUCAGAGUUCAUCAUUGACUUCCUGGAAGAGAAGCUGGGCGUCAACCUCAACAAGAACCUCAGUCCCCAGGAAAGAGCCGUGUCCCGGGCUGUCACCAAGAUGGUGGAGGAGCACCUCUACUGGACAAUAGCCUAUUGCCAGUGGGUAGACAACCUGGAGGAGACCCAGAAGAUGCUGUCAGUCACUGGUCCUCUCGGUGACAUGCUAAAGUGGAUCCUCAGCCACCUGAACAGCAGCAUGGUGCAAAGGGAGAUGUACGGCCAUGGCAUUGGACGCUUCUCCAAGGAGGAGGUCUACAAGCUGAUGGAGAAGGACAUGCGCACGCUGGCCGAACUGCUCGGAGAUAAGAAGUACUUCAUGGGACCUAAAAUGUCGACAGUAGACGCUGCUGUGUUUGGUCACCUGGCCCAGGCCAUGUGGACACUACCUGGCACACAACCUGAACAGCUCAUCAAAGGCGAGCUCGUCAACUUGGCCAUGUUCUGUGAGCGCAUGCGGAGAAAGUUCUGGCCUGAGUGGUUUGUGGACAUAGAGGACCUGUGCUAUGACGGAGCAGACACUGACAGCAGCGAGGGCUCUCCUACUACAUGCCUGAUGGACUUUGGCCUGUUCUCCCGGACAGACACCAUGGAGGAGAGUGAAGCCUCUGACAAACACACACACUCACACACUCACUCCCCCGAUACGGACCACUCGCUGUUCGACUCAGACGUGGGCACGUGCUCGGAGAACGAGCCGCAGCUCAAGUGUGACCCUCCUAGUCCUGACCCCCCUAAUUCUGCCCCUUCCAACCCCAGUCCCAAACCUCCCAACCCUUGACCCAUCCUCAUCCAGUGAGGUGGGUGGUUUUGGCUGAGGCGGUCAGACGGCCGGAACGUCAAACUAAUCAGGGCGCUGCUAUCUGGAUUGGCAUCAUAGAGCUGUGGAACACAGAGGCACAGUUCUCGCUUUUGCUGCUGCCUCUCCCUCUCUUUCAGAGAUCUGUGCUCACACAUGGAGGCACAGUUAUAUUCCAUGAUGACUGAAAACUAUAUCCUAACAAUGUAAUAUCAGUGCACUCAGACAAACUGGGUAUUUGUAUGCAGAGCGUAUAAAUCGAACCCCAUGUUACAUGCGUUGCAUUAUGAUUUCCUCACCCCUAGUGAUGGUGACAUUGCCAACAUGUCAUAAUCAUAGACGUUGCCUUAUUUGUGUCAGUUGUCCCAGGGUACAGGCUAGCGUGAAACAUUUUGAGAGAGAUUGUUGGUGGAAACAGGUGUGUCUGUCCAUGGAAUACAGGCAACACGUCUGUUUCUUAGAAAUGUAACUAGUGAAAGAGAGACCAUGAUAAUGGUGAUGGUAGCAGAAACAUUAAUUUAAUUUAGAGAACAGGGGUCAGUCAUUUGCUAAGACUUGGAUACAUAUUGUAAAGUGAUAUAUAUAUAUAUAUAAAAGAGUCUGCUUACUAUGGCGGCUGCUCUAGUCUGUGUCUUACUAACGGUGGGAUAUUCUACCAGUAGUCCUAUGGUUUGUGGCUUGCUGCUGAGCAUCAGCCACAAUCACUGGCCUUUCCAUCAACCAUUUGUGUCAAACUUCACUCUAGUAAAGGAGAUUGAGAUGAGCAAAAGGAACUUGAGUUUUAACACUCAUGUCCGAGUACACUUACCAGUACAGGCUGGUUGUAAGAGCCGACUCUUGUAUCUCACCACUAGAGGGUGCUCUAUCUAUACAUUCAUCCUGCUGUCUAUUUAGCUCGAUGGUCUUGAGACCUGCAGUUUUUGCCACUUGGAAUGUUCAAGGCCCAGUGCAGUCAAAGCGUGACAUUCCUGUGUUUUAUACAGUUGAAGUCCGAAGUUUACAUACACUUGGGUUGGAGUCAUUACAAUUCGUUU